AUGACAUCAGUUAGUAAUUCCUUAAUAAACUUUUACUCAAAAUGUGGCGAUUUGGUAUCUGCAUUUCACACAUUCUCAUUGAUUCAAACCAAAGACUUGAUAUCAUGGAACUCGAUUCUUCUAACACUUGCAGAAGGUCAGCUUGUUGUUGACUUUCUUGACCAGUUACAUUCCAUGUUCAUGGAAGGUGUAAAACCCGACUCCAUAACUAUCAUAACCACACUUCAACUUAGGGGUAUGGUUAAAGAAGCUCAUGGUUUUUCACUUAGAUCUCAUUUAUUACUCAACAGUAAAGAACCUACACUUGGAAACGCAUUGAUCGAUGCAUAUUCCAAAAGUGAAAACAUGGAAUACGCGUUAAAACUAUUCAAAAACUUAUCAACAAGAAACAUCGUGACUUCCAAUUCUCUGUUAUCUGGUUAUGUCAAUAGUGGGUCCCACGAGGAUGCGAGUAUUAUAUUCAAGAGCAUGACAGAAAGAGAUUUAACCACUUGGAAUUUGAUGAUUCGAGUAUAUGCUGAACAUAGUUACAAUGAUGAAGCUGUAAAUUUGCUUCAUGAGUUACAAAAUCAUGAAAUAAAACCAGAUUCCAUGACCAUAAUGAGCAUACUUCCUGUUGUUAAUCAAAUAGCAUCUAUGGAUAUGGUGAAACAGUGUCAUGGGUAUGUGGUUAGAGCUUGUUUUCAAGAUGUUCAACUUAAGGGAGCUUUGUUGGAUUCAUAUUCAAAAUGUGGAAGCAUAAAUUAUGCAUGUAAGAUUUUUGAGACAAGUGUUUAUAAAGAUUUGGUUAUGUUUACAUCAAUGGUUGGAGGGUAUUCAAUGCAUGGAAAGGGGGAAGAAGCUCUUAGGGUUUACUUUCAAAUGCUUGAAAAUGGUGGAAAACCGGAUCAUGUUGUGAUAACUUCGGUUCUUUCUGGUUGUAGUCACGCGGGCUUAGUUGACCAAGGUUUGAAAAUCUUUGACUCUAUAGAUCAUGUGCAUGGAUUACAACCAACAAUGGAGCAAUAUGUUUGUGUGGUGGAUCUUCUUGCAAGAAAUGGUCGGAUUAAUGAUGCGUAUAGUUUUAUUAAAAAUAUGGCGGUUGAACCGAAUGCAAACGUGUGGGGCGCAUUGUUGGGCGCGUGUAAGAAUUAUGAUGAUGUGGAAAUGGGAUGUGUUGUAUCGGAUCAUCUUUUGGGAAUUGAGGAUAAUAAUAUGGGGAAUUAUGUUGUGAUGUCGAAUAUUUAUGCUGCUAAAGAUAAAUGGGAUGAAGUUUUGGAAAUAAGGAAGUUGAUGAAGAGAAAGGAUUUGAAAAAACCCGCGGGUUGUAGUUGGAUUGAAGUUGAUGGGAGGAAAAAUAGAAACAAGUCAAGGAGCGGUUCUAGUUAUCGUAAAGGAUCAAGAAUACCGUUGAAUCAUCUUUUCCGGUGUCGCGAAGGUUCAUCGGAUCUUCCGAUUUGCACAUCUUCAAGAUUUAACACAAACCAUUCUUCCUACCCAAUUCUCACUUUCAAUCACCUCUUCCUAUUGGGAAUCAUCAUCGGUAGGGUUUUGUAG